GAAGACAAGGUUAGCUCAACCCAAGAAAGCUCCACUAGAGCAGUGCGUGCACGGUGCAGGUGCACACACAUGGAUCCCUUUUGACUGUUCGUUCUAGAUCUAGCGAUUAGCGACACUUGCUCGCAGGAGAUUCUCGCAAGAACAGCUCACCGGCAGUAGCAACAUGCCAAUAUCAUAAGCACAAUCGCAAGCAGCAUCCAGGUCGCAGCUGCCCACCCGGACACCAGCACGUACCCACAACUCCCAAGCUAGCAGCGGUGGUUGGCACGUCGCAGUUGAUACGGAGGCGUAGCCGCGUAGCUGUACUGGUUCUCGCGUGUCGGCGUCGACGGCCGUCUCCCUCCCUCGGCGAAGAUGGCCAUGGGGCGCGCGUCCGCCGCCACGCUGCUCGUCGCGCUCGCCGUCCUCGCUCUGGCGGUGAUGGCGCAGGCGACCUGCGACGACGAGCUGCCGGCUCAGCUUGCCGGCAACUUCUCGGGGCUCGCCUGCGCCCCCGUCUGGAACAACUUCGUGCUCCGGUACGCGCAGGGCAAGGACAACGUGCUGCGGGUGGUGCUGUCGACCAUGUACAGCACAGGGUGGGUGGGGAUGGGGUUCUCCAAGAACGGCCUCAUGGUGGGCUCGAGCGCCAUGGUGGGGUGGAUGGGCAAGACAGGCGUCCCGCACAUCAAGCCCUUCUCGCUGGAGGGCAAGACCCCCUCCAAGGUGGUGGCGGACCAGGGCUUCCUCGCCUCCAGCGACCACCACAAGCCCACCGUGCUCGUGCAGCAGGCCAAGAUCUACCUCGCCUUCCAGCUCAGCUUCACCGAGCCGCUCAAGAGCCAGAACGUGCUCUUCGCCAUUGGCUCCGCCAUCCCCGUCAACGACCACCUCUCCGAGCACCAGGACAAGACCGCCAUCGUGUUUGAUUUCACCACAGGCAGCGCUUCAAGCUCAUCAUCCUUCCCGGACGGUCUGAAAAGGACCCAUGGGGCGCUCAACUUGUUCGCGUGGGGUGUGCUCCUGCCAAUUGGUGCCAUUGUUGCAAGGUACUGCAGGAGAUGGGACCCCCUCUGGUUCUACCUCCAUGCCGGUAUCCAGUUCGUGGGAUUCAUCCUGGGUCUGGCCGGCGUUGUGGCUGGAGUAUCAUUGUACAACAAGAUCCAAGCCGACGUCCCGGCCCAUAGGGGCCUUGGCAUAUUUGUGCUUGUGCUAGGCAUUUUGCAGAUCCUGGCAAUUUUCCUGAGGCCCAAUAAGGACUCCAAGUACCGCAAGUUCUGGAACUGGUACCACCACUGGGUCGGCAGGCUCGCCCUCUUCUUUGCAGCCAUCAACAUUGUGCUCGGGAUCAAGGUCGGCGGCGCAGGCAACUCUUGGAAGAUCGGCUACGGUUUCAACCUGGCCAUCCUUCUGAUCACCAUCAUCACGCUGGAAGUCCUGCUCUGGACAAGGUGGAAAAACAACAGCGGUUCCACGGGGGCAUAUUAGCAGCGACUUACCGAUUUAUUUAGGUGUUCGUGAUGGUCACUGAAGGAGAUCCAUAUUCUUCUUUCAAUGUUUUCAAGUGUAAUGUUCGCGUGUGCUGCAGGAUCUGUUUUAUAGCGGCAAAGAUCUGCAAGCAAGACGAGUAUGCGUGAUGCGUUUUGGUGUUUGUUAGAACUGGUCAGAAAAGCUUGAUAGGAUGUGCGACGGGCUUGCCGUUCCGUUGCCUUUUGUACUGCACGGAGUGGAGUUGGAAUGAUGAUUUCCGCAUUUCCCUUGGUGUGUA